UCCUGGGACUGCCCGUCUUUUCCCGCCCUUCACUGGCCUCCGGAAAAGGGUCAGAGUUCACGCCCCUCUCUGGUGAUACCUGCUCGAUGGCGGCCGUUGAGGGAGCUAGUAGGUCGUGGACGUCCUUCCGGUACUGAAUCUUAGGGGCCAAAGAGCAUACCCUGGUACUGUUAACUAGGCCGAGAGCCAGGAGGCGGGAACAGGUUGUGUGGGCGGGGUCAGGGGUGAGAGGUCAGAGGUCUGUGAAGGGGGCGGAGCGAGCUGGAGGCGGAUGGCGGCUACGGCGACUCAACAUCUUUGGCGGCAGAGGCGCUGAAGCGGGGACGCGGGUCGGUCGUCCGGCGGAGGAAGGAGAGCGGCGGCCGCUCCCAACAUGCACAGCCUGGCAACGGCUGCGCCUGUGCCCACUGCACUGGCUCAAGUGGAUAGAGAAAAGAUCUAUCAGUGGAUCAACGAGCUGUCCAGUCCUGAAACAAGGGAAAAUGCUUUGCUGGAGCUAAGUAAGAAGCGAGAAUCUGUUCCUGACCUUGCACCCAUGCUGUGGCAUUCAUUUGGUACUAUUGCAGCACUUUUACAGGAAAUUGUAAAUAUUUAUCCAUCUAUCAACCCACCCACCUUGACAGCACACCAGUCUAACAGAGUUUGCAAUGCUCUGGCGUUACUGCAAUGUGUGGCAUCACAUCCAGAAACCAGAUCAGCAUUUCUUGCAGCACACAUCCCACUUUUUUUGUACCCCUUUUUGCACACUGUCAGCAAAACACGUCCCUUUGAGUAUCUUCGGCUCACCAGCCUUGGGGUUAUUGGGGCCCUGGUGAAAACAGAUGAGCAAGAGGUAAUCAACUUUUUAUUGACAACAGAAAUUAUCCCUUUGUGUUUGCGCAUUAUGGAAUCUGGAAGUGAACUUUCUAAAACGGUUGCAACAUUCAUCCUCCAGAAGAUCCUCCUAGAUGAUACUGGUUUGGCUUAUAUAUGUCAGACAUAUGAGCGUUUCUCCCAUGUUGCCAUGAUCUUGGGUAAGAUGGUCCUGCAGCUAUCCAAAGAGCCUUCUGCCCGUCUGCUGAAGCAUGUAGUGAGAUGUUACCUUCGACUUUCAGAUAAUCCCAGGGCACGUGAAGCACUCAGGCAGUGCCUCCCUGACCAGCUGAAGGAUACAACCUUCGCCCAGGUGCUAAAGGAUGACACCACCACGAAGCGCUGGCUUGCACAACUAGUGAAGAACCUGCAAGAGGGCCAGGUCACCGAUCCCCGGGGUAUCCCUCUGCCCCCUCAGUGAUCUUCCCUUACCCCUCCCACUACUCUCUGAAGUUGGGGAAGGGAGGGGGAACCUAUGAGGAAAAACAGCUCAGGUUUUAUCUCCGAUGGAAUAGACAACCUCAAUGCUGAACCGCGCUGGAGAAAAGGGGCAAAGUACCCCUGCUGAGGUGUAUGGGCUGCCAUCUCAGACUGCCUGAGGACCUGGGCUUCCUCUGCUACUCCCAGGAAAUGGGCUCCUGUCACAGCAGUCUGCCACCACAGCCCCAGGAGGGUGUCAACACCAGCAAAUGCUGUAUUUGCAGCAUGCCCAAGAUGACCCUUCUCCCCCACCUCUAUGUAGCCACUGGCAGAGAGGGGAGACAGUCGUGAUAGCAGCAGCACUCUAGGCAUGGUGAACGCCUGGGACCAAGCCUUGUGGCGUUUUUUUAUUUUACCUUCCUGGAAGACUCAAAAUGUGUCUCUUCAUUCUCUCUCUCAGUAUUUGUUUACUUUGCUUUUUGGUUUUUAAUCUCAGAGAGAGGUGUGUUUAGUGGGCACAAGCUGUAAUAUUCAGCAAAACUUUGUCAAUUGGCACUGUUUACAAGUCUGUUAGCUGCAUAAGCUGAAUAAAAAGUUGGUCUGUGCAUUACAUCCCCUCUGGCAGGCCAAUAGAUGCAUCGAGCGGUUGGGAGGAAUGGGAGGCAGGGGAAAGAUGGAAAGCCAAAGGACACCCACCGCCUAUUUCCUUUCCUUCUCCCAUUCUUCUACUCCCAGUCCUGAAUGCCACAAGGACCUUAACUUUGUUUCUGGCUUUAGCUGCUAGCUUUUCCAAAUUUCAGUACUUUUCCUUUCUUUUACUUCCCUCCUACUAAAAUUAAAACAGACGUCUUAAUUCAUCAAGCUAUGCUGAAAAGGGUAUUGGGGGGCAAGGGGCAAUGGUGGACCUCACCUUCAGUCCAAGUCUUCAAACAUACCUUCUGGAUUACUCUUUAAAAGGGGGGUGCCUGGCAUUAAUGUGACAAGCUGCUUGAUCCUAUUCUUUUUUUAGUGUGAAUUUCAGCAGCUCCAUCUGUCUUCAUGAUUGUACUUGAAGCAGUAUUAGCUGAAUGAGUUAAUUUUAUUCAGAUUUAAGAUGGAGGGAGGGCUGGACUCUGCUUGCUCACUUAGUCUUUUUUUUGUUUGUUGUUUUUGUUUUUGACAAAUUUUCUUUUGGUCUAUAGGAAUUAUUACAGGGUUGCCAGUAAAAUAUUCAUAUUGUGUCAGAGAAUUCCCCUUCUCAGGAGUUCUAGAUGGUUCUGUUCACAAUCCACAGGCUUGAAUCUGUAACCUAGUGUAAACUGCCUUGCUUUCCCCCAAUCCUUCCCCCACUAGCACCUGUUCCACUUCUAUCAUCCCCACCUCCAGUCAAAGAUGGGAUUGGUAAUCCAACUCUAGAGAGUGUCCGCAUCUCACACAAUUGAGGUGUAUCGGAACAAUUUUGGGAGGGUCUAUAAGGGGCAGGUUCAGAGAAACCUUUGCAGAGGCAGUUUUGCCAACACAAGGGCUCUUUCAAGCCGACUUUCACAAAGAGAGCCGGCCUUGUUAGUUGGCUUCUGUCUCUGUAGAGCCAAGAAAGUAGUAUUAAGUACCCUAGAUGUAGGAAGGGUAGGAUAAGCACUUACUCCCCUGCCUUCCAAGAUGAAGAGAACCAGGCCAGCUUCUUAGUAAUGUCAAGCCUGAAGAGGAGAGGUCUUGGAGAAAGCAGAGAACAGCAUUGACUGGAUAGACGUCUUAACUCCCUUCAGCCCAUAGUCUAUUAUCUGGAGAGUCCAGCUACGGUAACCCUGACUUUUGACAACCGCCUUCCUGCUGAGCCAAAGUUUUCCCAUUCCCCCUCCACUGGGGAAGCAGCUGAGGCCCAGGGCCUUGCUCCCUGGGAAAUUCUCUUCUCUCCAUCUUUCGGUGCACUGGCCAUGUUACUGUGCCAAUAGUGUCUUAAUUCUUGUCUCAUCUAUUCUCAGCUGGCCUUGGAACCCACAUAGGAGCUGGUGGGGGAGGGGUGGAAUGGGUAUUAUUCCUUGUAGUUGAUCCUGAUGUGUGUAUUACGUAAAGAGACCCCUCUGCUAAUUUUGUGUUUUCCUUCCUUCUCCCUCAACAGGAUUGAAAUAAAACAUGCUUCUGUUUUUGUAAAAAUAA